AUGUCAAAAAAACCUAUUGGAAUAGCCUUCAAACCUCGAGAGCCGUACACUAAUAGAAUCAAAAGAAUUCUUGAAGAUUAUCCAGAUGGUUCCCAAAUUCUCAGAGAAAUUCUUCAGAAUUCUGAUGAUGCUAAAAGCACUGAACAAAUAUUUAUUCUCGACUAUAAUAAUUAUCCGUCGACUCGAUUAUUUGAGCCUUUAUUGUCUAACUGUAAAACAAAAAAUUUAAAACUUGAACGUUAUCAAGGACCUGCUUUGCUAUCAAAAAAUGAUACUAUUUUUGAUGAAAGAGAUUUUUCCUCUUUAUUGAAGUUGGCUGAUAGUGAAAAGCGUGAUCAAUUUGACAAAAUUGGAGUUAUGGGUGUUGGUUUCAAUUCAAUUUAUCAUAUAACCGAUUCUCCUUCAUUUAUUACUAAUAGGAAUUAUGUGAUUCUUGAUCCACAUGAAUAUUAUUUCGAAGGCGGGCAUUCUUUUGAUUUCGUUGAAGACGAUUUACAAAAUUCUUAUAAAGAUCAAUUUUUGCCAUUCUCAAAGCCCUUUGGCAACAUUGAAUUCAACAAACCAUUCAAUGGAACAAUUUUUCGUUAUCCACUAAGAACUGAGCAAGAUUCUAUUGAUUCCUAUAUUUCUAAUAUAAGUUAUAGUCCAAAUAAAAUAUUGGAAAUGUUUGAAAAUUUUUAUCAAAAAGAAAGUAUCAGUUGUUUACUUUUCUUGAAAUACAUCGAAACAAUUUCUUUCUAUGAAUUUAAAAAAGGCGCCAUGGAACCUGAUUUGUUAUACCAGAUUAAAUUAAAAAAUGCUGAUAAAGUUAAAAGUCGACGUCGAUUAGUUGUCGAGCAAAUUGUCAAUCAAAUGAAAAUUUUUCAAGAUCAAAGAGUUGAUACCAGUAUUUCUAAACCAGCAUACAUUGCCGAAUUUAGUAAAUGUGUUAACAAAAAGGAUAGCAAGCCAGAAAUUCAAAAAUGGUUGAUUCUAAAUUACUUGGAUAAUCUUAAUAAAGCAGAAAAAUAUUUCAUAAAGCAAUUUCAAAGAAGCAUUGAAGAAUACAAAUUUGUUCCAAAUGUCGGAUUGGCUGUUUGUUUAGAUGAUCAGCAAGCACUUGGUCGAUUAUUUUGUUUUCUGCCACUCCCUAUUGAAAUGCCUUUUAGAGUUUCUGUUCAUGGAUAUUUUGCGGUUAGCACAAAUCGUCGUUCUUUACCUGCUGAUAAUGAAGAUCUGGCUGUAGGUUCAUUGGCUCGUCUUAAAGUUGGUUGGAAUCAAUAUUUGUUUAACCAAGUGUUACCAUCUGCAUGGGUAGAAUUGUUAUAUCAACUAUGUUCUUCUCAUGUGAUCUAUAACAAUUCCGAAGAAUUUUAUUCACUUUGGCCAUUAUUUUCAUCAGAAAAAUCCAGUGUCAAUAAAUUUUGUAAAGAUAUUUUAUUAAAUGUUGUGGAAAAUAUUAAAGUUGAAGACAAAGUUUUUUUUAAUGAAUCACAAACACAGGAUCAAAGAAUAUUCAAAAUUUUGGCAGAUUUAGGAUUCCUUGUGAUAGAAGUUCCUAGUGAAAUAUUGAUUGUGUUGAAGGAAUCUAAAAAUGGGUCUUCAAUUAAAUUCUAUUCACCCAGAAUUGUAAAAAUGUUUUUCUAUGAAAGGAAAUAUCUGUUGGAAAAUAUUCCAAGAGAUAAAAUUCUCAUCAUAUUUAAUUAUAUUUUGGGUGAUGAUAAAUCAGAUUAUUUAGAUGGAUUAAAAAUGAUUCCAUUAUCUGAUGGAUCAUUAGGCACAAUUUCAACAGCAUCAUCAAACGAAGGAGAGGAUGAGGAUUGUUAUUAUAUUGGUCCUGACAAUAAUCAAGUAACGCUUGAAUAUGAUGAGAGAAAGAUUUUUAAAAACUGUUUAGCAAAAUUCGUUGAUAAAGAAAUUUCAUCAAAUUUAUGGAAUAAAUUAUACAACAAUGCAGAAACGAAUCGUCAUGGAAUCAGCAAUAUUAAAAUUUUGAAUGAAAGUGUAGUUGCUAAAAUGAUCGAGUCAAACUUGGUUAAUUCUGUUAAUUAUAACGAAAAAUACGAUGAGAUAAGAAUGCAUAAAAAUGAUAAUGAUCAACGCGAAUGGAUUUAUCAGUUAUGGGGGAACUUAUUGUAUAGAGAAAUGUUUGAAUUUAAACAUUUUGAAAAUCUUCAUAUUUUACCAACUAAUGAUGAUAAUAUUAAUAUUACUUUGAGAAAAUUAAAAACUAUUCAAAAAUGUUUUUGUUAUAGUGGUAGGAAAACCGAAUCAUCUGAAGAAAUAAUUAUCAUUCUUAAAUCGUUUGGACUUGUUUUUGUUGAAAAAGAAUUCAAUGAAAAUUUUGCACCAAAAGAAACCAGAUUAGAAAAUUAUGUAUUCAACAUCACAGAUGUAGUAGCAGUAUUAAACGAGGUAGACGAAAAUGACAAAUUGAUUGAUUUGGUUGUAACUAACAAAAAAUGGUUCCUUCUACCAACAGAAGAUGAACAAUCUUAUGGAAAAAUUAUUGUGCCAAAAAAUAAAGAUGGAUUUUUACAUGUUGGAACUGAUAGUAGUGACAGUUACAGAUAUCUGCUUGAAGAUGUAAUCAAAAUUCCACGUCUACAGCAUGUAAGAUAUUGGAAGGAAUUUGUUUUACCAUAUUUGGAAAAACGUAAUUUUGAUGAAAUUAAAUUAGUUAUCAAAAGACUUUUUGAAGUAUCACCUGUACUUAUGACAAAUGAUAAUGAGUUUAAAGAGCAAUUAUCAGAGACUAAAUUUGUACCUAGUGGAACAAUGUUGAUGGUACAAGGAAAAACAGGAGUUGAUGAUAAAAUUGUAUUAUCCAAACCGAAAGAACUUUAUGAUCCAGAGCUUCUAGAAUUCUUCUUUGAAAAUGAAAAAAUGUUCCCUAUUAAUGAUUUCGUUGCACCAUCAAAUAAUAACAACAACAAUAGUUAUCAUAAAAAAACUGCUCAAUUAAGUAAUGGUUUUCUUUAUGAAUUGGGAUUAAAACGUUCAUUAUCAAUUAAUGACAUAUCUGAUCGAAUAAAAUCUUACUGUGAUCAUAGAAAAAAUGCUGAUAAUGAGAAAUUGGAAAUUAUACACAAAAAAUCUUUAAGUUUUCUGAAAUAUAUUGAUAGUACAUGGGAAAAAAAAAAGAUUUAUGAAUAUAAAAGUGGACCUGAAAAGUUACUUCUUAGUAAUAUUGCAGAACUUGAAUGGAUUCCUACAAUUGAUUGUCAUGGAGGAAAAAAAUUUUCAAGAGCUAAAGGUUGUCGACCAUUUAAUGACAAAAAAUUAGUUGGACUUCCUGAUAUUGUUCCUCUUAUAAUUAGAAAGGGUUCAUCAUCUGGAUCAGAAUUGGAAGCAUUACUCUCAAAGUCUGUUGUUCCAGAACUGGAACAUUCAUAUGAUGACUCAUACUUUUUGAUAUCAACUUCAUUGCCUGUGUACUGA